UCCUCGGAGCGCGCUGGCAGAGAGUCGUGUGUAACAGAGCAUUGCGAAAAAGCGUGUUUUUUUUGGAAAUUCGUGAAAACACACAACAACCAAGCGGGAGAAGAAUCUUCUCUCGGCGAUUUGAGACCUCCUUCCGUGUGUGUGGCGGCGACAGUUUGGAGUUACAACAGAGUUUUCCUCUCGUACAGUGAGUCGAUGACAGCAGUGUGGAUCAGAAGCAAAGAAAAUUACUUUCAGUGCCCCGCGUAAAGAAGUGACCGUUAUUCCUCCCUUUUUCUUCUUUGUGUUUGCUGUGGCUGUGGAAAGCAGAUUUUCAAUUUUCCCACAAGCGCCACCGCCGCCGUCGUUGUUGUUGUUGUUCUCUUUUAAUCGUCGAGUAGAAAAAUAAGUUGAGGAAGUCAGUGUGGUUCACAGGAAUAAUAGAACAGUAACUUACUUCUUUCUUUGCAACCGGGCGAACGGAAUCAACGUAAUCUCACGUGUCCUGUUCUCUUCGUGUCCGUGAAUUUAUUGAAUUCUUCUCGUGAAAAGCGAUGAGACUAGUGUCUGACAUCUACAAUGAGAGUAUUGAACCGUCACUAGGAGGAAUCACAAAACCACUAACUCAACACGCUUACGUCACCGUUGAGAGCCUGACGCCGUGGGGUGCCAAGGAUUGCGGUGGCAGCAAUCGUCCACGAGGAGCGGAAGACUACGGCAGCUACAUCCUGCAGACGGUGGAAAGAACGAGGUACGACACGAGCCCGUUUCCGUGCGAUGAGCAGAUCAACCAGCGUUUCGUAAUUUGGCAAGGAGACAUUUCGCUGCUGGAUGUCGACGCGAUUACCAACACCACCGAUGAGACACUAACGGAGAAGAAUCGGAUUUCGAAGAAGAUUUUCGGACGAGCCGGAGCUGCCCUCACAUCCGCUGUGGUACACGACGUUGGAAGAUGCAAAACCGGUGAAGUUUGCGUGACACCAGGAUUUUUUCUACCUGCGAAGUACAUUAUCCACACCGUUGGCCCUAUCUACAGCGAACAGUAUCGUGCCGCCUCGGAGAGUGCCCUACAUGCUUGCUAUAGGAACGUUUUGUACAAAGCGAAAGAGUUAGGCUUAAGAACCAUCGCUCUAUGUGAUAUCAACUCAGUGCAAAGAAAUUUCCCACCAGACACCGCUGCGCAUAUAGCACUGAGAACCAUCCGUCGUUUUCUGGAGCAAUACCGCGCCGAGUUUGUGAUAGUUUGCCUUGAACCGAAUGAGCGCGGCAUCUACGAGGUACUAGCGCCGCUUUACUUUCCCCGCGAUCCACUCGAGGAACGAAGUGCCCUGUGGCAGCUGCCCAACGACAUCGGUGGCGCGUAUGGUGAACCGCAGCUAGCCGAUCGCCAGAUCCGCAUCAUUCACAAUCCGCAGCAUUCCGUCAUGAUCGAAGCUGACGACGAUUCCGACACCAGUCCACACGAUUUGGAGAUGGGUUCCGAUGUCGAGUAUAAUAACAUCAAUCUCAGUCUGGCCACCCAUCUGAGCGGGGGAGCGCAUUCGUUCACACAUAUGCAGGGUGACCUCGACCGCCAGCGGCUUUUGGGCGAUCGUCCUCGGAUGGUGUACGAAGGAGUGCUGGACGAUGGUUUGGAAGGAAUCGAACAUCAAGAAAGUUCACCAUUACUGGUGGAUUACGAAACCACCGAAACGUACUGCCCGGAUGCGAUCGGCCACGUUCUGGCGACACACAUCGGCAAGCGAACCCGCAUCCUCGACGGGUCCUUCACUUACGUCGAGCUGAUGAAGCACUACAGCUCCUCACUCGAUGACCCCGAGUGGCAGAAGGAGAAUCUAUACGAGCGGUUGCUUCGCCGUGCGAAAUCGGAAGACCUAUCGGAAGUGUCCGGCAUUGGCUGCCUGUACCAGAGUGGCGUGGAUCGUCUUGGCCGACCGGUGAUAGUGUUCUGUGGCAAAUGGUUCCCCGCGCAUAAUAUCGAUCUGGAAAAGGCCCUACUGUAUCUGAUAUAUCUGCUGGAUCCCAUUGUCAAAGGUGAUUACGUGAUUGCCUAUUUCCACACCCUCACCAGUUCGAACAAUUACCCCUCGCUGCAGUGGUUGAAGGAAGUUUACAGCAUAUUGCCGUACAAAUACAAGAAGAACCUGAAGGCAUUCUACAUCGUCCACCCGACGUUCUGGACCAAGAUGAUGACCUGGUGGUUCACGACAUUCAUGGCACCGGCCAUAAAGACGAAAGUUCAUUCGCUGCCCGGCGUCGAGCAUCUGUAUUCAGCGAUUGCGAAGGAUCAGUUGGAAAUACCCGCGUACAUCACCGAAUACGACAUGGCGACGAAUGGUAUUCACUACUUCCAACCGAUCACCAAUACCUCCUCGCCUGCGUCCUAAGUUGGGCCCCCUAGCCCAAUUCGUAGUGUCGCAUUUGAAGUACUUCUCCUCUUGUGGAGUCCUCAUGUUUUAUCCGAAAUCCUCACCACAUUCACAUACACACACACUCACUCCAACCGUUCCAUUCCGGUCAUCGUCACGCAGAUGUCAUGUAAUGAAUUUUCAUAAUUCGGCAAACGCAAAUAUCGUGGGUGGAUAUUGAUGUUCGCGAUAAGUUGAUUUCAUCUAGUGAGAGGUGUAUUAAGCGAAACAAAAUGAAAACAAAAUCCUGCUUCCUUUCCGCCGUUGAGAAAAAUAAAUUGAACAAAAAAACUAGCGUCUAUAUAUAUAUACAGAUAAAUAUAUUCAGCAGGAGAGAUAGCGAAAUUUUGUAGUGAACGAUGCGACGCAAGGAAAUAAGGAAUAAGUGAAAAACUAUAGCUUACAGAACAAAAAUGGAGAAAAAUAUUAUUCUUAUCGUUUUAUCGAGAUUAUGGUUAAAACUAUACACAAUUAAAACAUUCUAGUUACUAGAAGGGAGAGGGAGAGGGUAUAAAUAAAACGAUGAUACAGAAAAAAAUAUUACAUUGUUACAAAAUUAUGAUCAAAAACCCAAACAGAAGAAGGAGCCUCAGCAAACGUUAGCAAUUGCCGUAGCGAAAAACGAAUCGCCGAGAGAGAGGUCAGUAGCAAUCGAGGCGACUACUUUUCUGUAGUGUGGAAGAAGUUUGCUUAAAUUGAAACAAUCCGAAUAUAGCGCAGAAGCAGCAGCAACAUCAUUUCCCGCGCUUAUGGGAUGGAACCAAAGCCUAGACAAAUCCGUAGAUACUGAAUCUUAAAAAAAGGAGGGAAAAGGAGGAGACAAAUGCAGCAGUAGCUUACGUGGCCCACAUUUGGGACAGUUUGUUUGUAGUACUCAGUUCAUAAGAAGAAAACAGAAGAAGCAAAAAUCGAACGAGACAAACAAAUAAAAACAAAAAGUCAGAUAAAUUACGAAGCAAUUUCUUGAAAAGAAGCCACAUUUUAGAAAACAUUUAGGAAGUAUGUUGUUAAAGCUAAAUACGAGUUAAAGUCGGAAUUCGAGUGCAAAUUAGCAGAAAAGUGGGGGUGACUCGUUAAAUUGGGUGGUAUAGUCAAAUAAAUUCUUGCUUGAGUUUAAAACGGGAUGCUCAUUUAGUUCUAUGGCCGAACAUCGGAGAGCAUCACACGCUCGAGUUGUUGACUACGGUACUUAAACUCUUCGUGGGGCACGAAUGUGAAAAACGGUGUGCUUCGAAGUCUUUUUUGUUAAAGCAUAUAAAAUAAGCGAGCGUUGCAAGGUUUUUAGUUUCCUCCCGAUCGUUCUUAUAUUGUGAAGUAUAAAUAAUCAAAGUUUGAAAUGCUACCAUAAGAGUAUAUUACUUUCGACAGUUUCCCCAAAUUUGCGACUAGCAUCUAAGUGUUACGUUGAGAAGACUUGUUUAACGUUUAUAGGAGAUUAUAGGUUAACUAACAUUGCGUAUUAUUAUUAUCCAUCAUAAACAAAACUAUUAUUAUACAAAUACGCAUAUAAGCAUACUGGGAAAAGAGUACACAUAUUGCAGAAUAGAGCAACAGCAACAACAAAAACAACCGCAAGGCAAGCCUACAAGUGCUGAAUAGUAACAUAGAAACCAAUGGCAAAGCAACAU